UUUUGACAAAAUUUCAAAAGGAAAAGAUUGAGCCCAAUUGUUAUCAGCUUUCAUUUUAUAUCUGAAAUUUGAAUUCCGGAAAUUUCGUUUCUCACCCCCUUUUCCAUCCCCCCCCCCCCCACUUUCUAAACGCUUCUCUUUUGUUUUGUUCUACCCCUCCCUCAGUGUUAACAACCAAGGAUACAAUAAAGGUUAUCGCUCUCGUGCUCUCCGAUUUAUCCAUAAAUAUCAGAGGUUAAAGUGUCACAUCGGUGAAAUUUUGUUAAUUCUAACUACAAAGGAUAUUCUCUCAUCUGUCACGGUGGAAUCAAGAAUUAAAAAAAACCCUUCUGUAUUUCUUCAACACGUGUUUGUACCUGUUCGUCACCAAGUAGAGAAAAAAUGGCAGAGUCUGUAAAUUCAACAGGGAGAGGUUUGUUCAAAAACGUUGAGAUCUCAUUGACAAGCGAAAUGGAUGUGAGAAGUGCAUGUUUCCAUCCAAUCGAGCCUAUUUUAGCUUGUGGAUUGUUUAGUGGAGGGAUCAUACUAUUCAAGAGUUCCUGGAAGCAUUCUACUUCUCUUUCAACUUGGAAACCGCAAUGUCAAUUUCGGUCUGAAUAUUCGGCGCUGUCCUUAAACUUUAAUAAGAGCGGGACUAAACUAGCUGGCGGAUGCAUUGACGGAACUCUAAUUGUUUGGUGUUCUCGGACUGGCCAGAAACGAGUUUUACCCGUUAGUAGACGAUUAGAUUUCCCCUUGACCGUUUGGAAUCCAUUCGAUUUAAACGUUUUGGCCAGUUAUAACAAUGCGAUGGAGGGGAAACUAGUGGUGAUUUUCAACGCAGCUAUCGGCCAUUUCUAUUUUCUCCAAUCAAAAGAAAAUGUCUGGUGCGUCGAUUGGAUUUCGCGAAACCGACUCGCUUGCAGUUACGACGACGGCACGGUCGAAAUUCACGAAAUAGAACUCGGCUUUAUCUCCACCAGCAAUCUAGUCAAGAAACUCGUAGUGAGCACACAUUUCACGUCACAGAACCAAGUGUUCCCUUUUCCAAAAAACAGGGGAAUGAAAUCUGACGUUUGGAGUAUUGCCUGGAACGAACAGUUGCAACUUUUAGCCACCAGCUCACACGACGGUUGGGUCAAGCUUUGGUCGAUGGAUAGUCAAGAUCCUGUACACAUGAGGCACUUUAGCUCGUUUUGUUGCCAUUUGGUUUGGAGUCCAAUGGAACUUCCAUCUUCAAACAAGGAUCCAUUGGAAGGAGAAAGGGAACCUUAUCUUGCGAGCGGAAUGGAGGACGGAUCAAUUUCGAUAUGGGCACCGGGGAGAAAUAUGCGGCCGUUUUUAUUAUUCGAUGGACAUACAGAGCAGUUGCAUCAAAUCUCGUUUUCCCCUAACGGACGUUAUCUCGCGUCGACGGAUUACGACAGAAAACUGAUUAUCUGGUCAACUAAGACAUGGAACAUUAUCUACACCCUCCCACCAUCAGGAUGUCGAUUUCCUUACACCAUUUCAUGGGACGCGACCAGUUCAAAGCUAUGCAUUACAGAAAAAACUGGUCUGAAACGGUUCCUAACGAUUGAAUUCGUCGCAGCUGAAAACCAAUGUGCCAAAUGUAAGAAAACCUCCCAUAAUAUGAAGCGUUGCAGCCGUUGCCGUUCCGUCUUCUAUUGCAACGCGGAAUGCCAAUUUUCGCACUGGUCAAAUCAUAAAACAGUUUGUCAGAAAAAGUGAAUUUUAUGUGCGACUAUUCAAACGGCCCGUCCUGCGAA